GAAGAAAAACAACGGAAGUUGUGAAAGCUACAAGCUAAUGCUAACGCACGAGUAGCCAAGCGAUAAUUUGCAAAGGCGAUAUCUUUAGUUAAGACGGCAUUAGCCACUAAGAAAGUUGCUCCUGUUCUGUGUCAGCAGUGCCACCCACUCAAUCGACAUGUCUGAAGGCCGCAUCUAUGUGGGGAAUCUCCCUGUGGAUGUUACGGAGAGAGACGUUGAGGAUCUCUUCUUCAAAUAUGGAAAAAUUCGUGAAAUUGAAAUGAAGAACAAUAGAGGCAUCAUUCCUUUUGCCUUCGUCACUUUUGAAGACCCGCGGGAUGCAGAUGAUGCUGUUUAUGGAAGGAAUGGAUAUGAAUAUGGGAACACCAAGCUGCGUGUGGAGUAUCCUCGAGCCAAUACUGGAAAACCUGGUCCUAUGGGAGGCAACGCUGGAGGAGGAGGAGGAGGAAGAGGAAGGUUUGGACCCCCAACUCGGAGAUCUGAAUUCCGAGUCAUGGUGUCUGGGUUACCCUCAACAGGGAGCUGGCAGGAUCUGAAGGAUCAUAUGCGAGAAGCAGGAGAUGUUUGUUUUGCAGAUGUGCAGCGAGACGGUGAGGGCGUAGUGGAAUAUCUCCGUAAGGAGGACAUGGAGUACGCAAUGCGCAGAUUGGACCGCACAGAGUUUCGUUCACAUCAGGGUGAGACUUCUUACAUCCGUGUGUAUGAAGAAAGAGGCGGAGCCACCUGGGGGGGUCAGUCACGCUCCCGCUCCAGAUCCAGAGGUCGCUACUCUCCUCCCUAUUUCAACAGAGGAUCUCCCCCUCCUCGCUACCAGUCACCUCCACGCUCCAUGAUGCGCCAUAGCCCACCUCCCAGGAGGCACCCUCCACCACAACACAGCCCACCUCCUCGUCAUUUUCGAUAGAACCCCAUAUUCAUUUACACAGCAUGUGGAAAAUCUUGAGUAAUUCAGCGUUUUAUCUUCUUUUCUUUUUUUUUUUUAAACCUCAGGCCUCCUUGUAGUAUCCAGUGGAAUUUCUUCAUGCAUACAUUCCAUGGCCAGGAAUCCUCCCCACAGCCUUAACAUUUUUAUUUGUAUGUUUUACUUAAAAUCAGGAUUGUAAGUUUAAUCUUCUAACCCCUUCAAUGGUUUUUUUUGUGUGUGUUGAAGAAUUACUCACGAUCGUGACAAAAAACAGCACACCCAUGUUGUGUUUUUGAAAACAAGUCACACAGGUCUGCUUCUACCGGAUUGACCAUAUUGUUCAAGUUCGUUUAGCAAAAGUUUGCAUCACACUUAAAUAGAUUUUUAGUUUUCAAAUCUAAACCUGUGAAACUAAUCACUUUCAUAAAUUAGUGAGCCAUUUUUUUUUCACUAUGUACCUCAUCUUUUUUGUUUGUCAACCAUUGAGGUGACCUGUAGGUGAAAAUUUGUUCUCUUUAC